GACACUCCCAGCAAUUAGAUCAGAACACAGCCUGACCCCUUCCUGACGCAGGGAGCGAUUUUGCAGAGGAGGUGUUUCAGUUUUAAUGAAAGAACAUGAAGUCCUCUUGGUUAUUUAUAAUAUACGUGCUAUGGCUGAAUGGUCAUCAGUGUGCACCGACAAGGCAGGAGGAAAUGAAUCUCCGGGAAAACCUGAAGGUAUUAUCUGAAGUUGGAGAGAAGUAUGUAGAUGAAGAGGUAAAGAAAGCUUUGAUUGGUAUUAAGCAGAUGAAAAUUAUGAUGGAAAGGAAUGAAGAUAAGCACGUAGAUCUGAUGAAAACCUUGAAGAAGAGUAGUGAAGAAAAACAGCAAGCCUUGCGACUUAUGGAUGAAGUAAAGGAAAGAUUAGAAGAAGAAGAAAGACAAUGUCAAGUAGCCUUGAAGAAUUUAUGGGAUGAAUGUGAAUCUUGUUUAGAAAGUACCUGCAUGAGGUAUUAUACAACUUGCAAGCACGGUUUGUCAACAUUCAGAAGAAAGGUUGAAGAUUUUUUGAGGAAAAUACCUCCACUCAUUUUUACUUUUCAUGAGGAUCAAGGAAAAGACAUCCAGUUUAACGAAAAGCCUGAGAAGGAGGACACCCAGCUAGUAAAAAUGGAAGAUUUAUUUAGCCAACUAUUAUCGGACAUGGGCUCAAUGUUUGACAGAAGUUUCAUUUUUUUCAAGCAAAUGCAAAAAGAAUUUGACCAGUCUUUUCAGAUGUAUUUCAUGUCUGAUCUGUACUUGAAUGAGUCUGCCAGCAUGCCAGCUUUACCUGAGGACAUCACCAGAAACGACGGCUCACAGAAAGGCUGGGGUAUACCCAGCUUCUUACAGACAGUUUUUGAUUUCAGUAAGACAGUGUUUGAAGGUGUCAGCGAGGUGAUUAGUGAAGUAUUUGAUGAAUACAGAGAUAACAGAAGAGAUGUGCCAGAACAAGCCAAAGAUCCUGACAGAAGUGGCAUGUUCUCAAAAAUUGUGUCAGGACGCCAGAGACCUCUGUGCAGGGAGCUUCGGGAGAACUCCUCUGGAUGUCCACAGUUUCACGACAGAUGUCAGAAAUGUCAAGACAAUCUUUUGCAUG